AUUAGUUGACUAACAAAAUGAGUGUAAAACUAACCGUGCUUUUUGCGCCUAUCAAUUAUGUGGGUCCUAUACUGGCGAGUGCGGGUAUGGGUGAAGUCCUCCGAGAUAGUGGACAUCGAGUUAUAUUUGCUGUGAGGAGUGAGUGGUCGCAGAGAUUGAAAAGUCUUAGCUUUGAGGUCGAGUUAUUGGCGGAAGGGAGUGGUGAUGGGAAAGACGAUUCUGCCGCUGAAAACGCCGAAGAAUUGGAGUCUGUUUUGCAGAAUAAGAGUCCUCUCGAGAAGGGUAUCGAAUGCAGUGCUCUUCUGCUGAAGGACUGUAUGGUCGACGCGGAUAAGGAUGAGUCGGCUCUCAAAGGCAUUAUUAAACGGAUUAAACCCGACGUUAUUAUCACUGAUCACGUGAUAACUCUGCCAUCAGUCGCUGGAUCUGGCAUUCCCUGGAUUUUCAGUUAUAGUAGUAAUCCGUUAUCGCUGGACGUAGGAUACGAAGAUAAACGUCUUCCUCCAUCGUUAUUGGGUUUGUCUAUCAAUAGUGACCAAAAUCUAUGGGAAGAAUACAGACAGCAGUUGAAGGAAUCGAGACGAGAGAAUUGGAUUAAAUACAAGGAAUGGUUGGUCGCCAAUGACUGUCCCGUAUUGCCCGAAGAGUGUCUGUGUUGGGCUCCGUCUCCCUUCGCCAACAUCUAUAUGUUUCCCGAAGAACUCGAUUACACGGAUGUGAGACCUCUGCCCAAGACUUUCCAUCGCUUUGACUACUUUAAGCGCACCGGAGAUGAGGAGACGUUUGAAUUGCCGGACAAACUGAAGAGCAGGUCCGGGAAACUCAUUUACCUGUCGUUGGGCUCAAUGGGCGGCGCGAAUGUGCCACUCAUGAAGAGGUUGGUCUCAAUUCUGGCCAAAUCCGAGCACCGGUUCAUUAUCUCCAAAGGCGUCAAACAUAAUGAGUACGAAUUGGCGGACAACAUGUGGGGCGAGCGGACUGUCCCACAGGUAAAGGUGUUGUCAAUCGUCUCACUGAUCAUAACUCAUGGCGGGAACAAUACGGUGACGGAGACCAUGUAUUUCGGGAAACCAAUGCUUGUUUUGCCCCUAUUUUACGAUCAAUACGACAACGCGCAGAGAAUUGAUGAGAAGGGCUUCGGUAUUAGGCUUAACCCAUACGAGUGCACUGAUGAACAACUCCUGUCAGCCAUCGACAGGUUAUUAGACGACAGAAAAUUGGCCCAAAAGUUGGCUAAAGUCUCGCAUCGCAUCCGAACCGAAAAGAGUAUUGAAAAACUCACGCAAUUAGUCGAGAGUUUAGCAAAAAAAUAAAUUAUUUUAAUCUGAAAUCCUAUCAAAUAGUUUGAUUUGAAUAAACAUUUUGACACAAC